AUGGCACUGGUAACCAUCACUGGCUUCCCUUGCUCCGGCAAAUCCACCCGCGCACACCAACUCAAAGAAUACUUUCAAAAGCGGCUCAAAGCAGAAGACUAUAAGGGGCCGUCACUAGUGGUGGAAGUGAUAGACGAUGAAGGGAGCCACGUACCCAGGUCGACAUAUGACUCAAGUGCUCAAGAGAAGCCUGGUCGUGCGAGCCUCUUCUCCAAUGUGACUCGUUCCCUGGGAGAAGAUACGAUCACUAUAGUGGACUCUGCAAACUAUAUCAAAGGGUUCAGGUAUCAAAUGUACUGUGCUGCCAGAGAAGCUCAUACACGAGUCGCUACAGUUCAUGUUGCGGCUCCCCCUAAUCAGUGUCGUGAAUGGCAUGAAAGGCGUGGUGAAAGCUCGUAUAAGCCCGCGACCUUCGACAACCUUAUAAUGCGUUAUGAAGAGCCUUCCUCUAUGGUCCGCUGGGAUAGCCCGCUGUUCACUAUACCCUGGGACGAAGAUCCUCCUUAUGAGGAUCUGUGGAAUGCUAUAAUAAAAGGGGACAAGAAGCCGCCUACGUCUGCUGUCUUGCAACGUAGUAAACCUCCUCCGAAUACCCUCCAGACUCUUACAGCCACAACGUCUCUGAUCAACUCUUCCCUUUUCACCCAUAUCAACUCUCUCCCUGGCUCCACCACCUUCCCUAUCUCUUCUCCACCCGGCCCCAAGGGCUCGUCUCUCAUCUUGCACCUCCCCGACAAGAAGAUUACGCUGAGUGAGAUGUCGCGGCUGAAGAGGCAGUACGAGUCGGUACAGGUGAAAGCCCAGUCUAGCGGAGGCCUGGCAGCAACUGCAACUUGGUCAGAAGAAGAAGUGUCGACGGGGUAUGUGAGGUUUCUGGAGCAGGUUUGGGAGACGGGAUCAUAG